CGAUUUUAAAUAAAGGCAAAAUACACUUUCAUAGCCAUAACUAUUCGCGUUGUGAUAAAUAUAGCCACUUUUUAAAAAAUACACUCGUAUAGCCAUUCCGUCCAUAACUUUAAUGACAACAUCUUAAAUGCUGACUGUACUAACGUUUUCUGAUGAUGUGGCAAUUUUUUUGUUUAAACCAAUCCUAGAUGGAAAGUUUCCUUUCUUCUUAUUAUUAUUAUAAUUACACUAAAAAGUAAAAAUAAAUAAAAAUUGAAAAUCGUCCUUCAUCGUCUUCUUUACCCAACCAAGCAGACCCAUCCCGAUUCUCUUCCCCAUCGUCCAUACAUCCACGACCCAGAUCAUCUCCCACGGUAGAGAUCUCUCAAAGCUUCUUCCCCUGAUUAUGAUUCUAAUUCCUCCAAUAAUGGCGGCGGGGAGCGGGGCUCAUCUCUGCCGCUGGACCCUACAGUAGGUACGAUGCGCAAUUGCUUGCUAUGCAGAGCAACUUGAAUGCCUACGAGAUUGCGGAGCUCCGUUGUGGAGGAGAAAAGGGACGAGAUUGAGAAACUGUUGACUUAGAAUGAAGAGCGGUGGCGGUGGUGGUCUGGAGCUGAAGAAGGUCGUCGAUCCGUGGACGUCGACCAUCCAGAUCUCGCUGCCGAGGAAGUUUUCCUUGGAGCUAGGAGGAGGCCAAGGAGUCACCAGCAGCCAAGGAGUCAAGGUCGCCAACUCCAACAAUCUCCUCCGACGCUGCCACUGUCGCGAAGCUCCGCGAUUUAUUCAGUUCCUUCCGACUUCUCCAUUGGAUCGAUUUAUCCCAUUACGAAAGUCGUUGUGGACUUUGUGAGAAUUACAAAGCGGCGACGGUGGCUAACAGGACUGACGGCCGUUCCUCCGCUUAUCUCCUCGUCUUGAUAGAUAUGGCCUCCCCUUUCCUCUCACAUCUUGUCGGCGAAAAUCCCAGAUCGAAAAAUUGAAGAACCCUAAUCGCCACUGAACUUACUCCUUGAAAAAUUUCAGAUCCAGAAACUGAAAAACCCUAAUUGGGGGCACCUGCCACCAUUUUCACCAUCAAAUCCUCAUUGAAAAUCUUUUAUUUUGGUUUUUGGUAAAAAUUAAUUAUUUCAUGUUAAAAAUUACUUUUAGUAUGACGUUGCAUAAAGAUGUCCAAUUGGCGACGACGUGUCGUUCAGGUGGCAUCCACCUCAGCGACACGUAGAUGUUAUUGAAGGUGUUAGUGACGACGUUAAAGUUUGUAACGGAAAUGGCUAAAAUUGUCAAACAAGUUUGAAAAAAUGGCUAUAUCUGUGUUUUUUUUAAAAAGUGACUAUAUUUGUCACAACGCGAAUAGUUAUGGCUAUGAAAGUGUAUUUUGCCUUAAAUAAACUGAAUUGCUAUUUGUCGCCCUAAAAUGCAUCAAAUUGACACUCUUACCCAUAGUCCCAAUUUCAACCUAAACCUGAAAACAAAAAACCCUGUAGCCCCUGCCCAGCGCUCCUCCGUCCCAUGACCGCUGCUGCCGUUGCCAGAUUCUUAUCUCCGGCGCUGCCUAUUAGAGAAGUAAAAGAAAAUUUAUUUUUAAUUCUUCUCUUUUAUUAUUCCGCAUACACAGCCUCACUUGGAGGUUGCUAUUUUGUUACCUAAAGGCCUUACGCGUUCAUCCCCACUAUGUAAUUAGGAAUCCUAAUUUCUGUAUAUAUCCUGCCAAGCAGGCAGAAGAAGAACGAAGAAAAGGCCACGACUGCUCCUUCUGUUGGCGUCGAGCAGGAAGAAGGAAGAAGCACUCGACCAGAGGCGUACGCCGGAUUUUUCUAAUUUCUAUUUGUAGGCGCCGGACGGGUUGAAGUGGUCGGAUUUCGGCGAUGGUGAUGACGAUGACGAUUAGGCCUCCGAUGAAGUGGACUAUGGUAUGGAUUGUUUGUUUUCCUUUUUCUUGUAUUUUGUUAUUUGGUGUAGUAUAUUAAUUUGAUUUGCGUUUAAGUAUUUGAAAAAUAAAUAAAUAAACUAAGGACAUUAGAGUAAAUUUAACUUAGUUUAGGGUGACAAAUAAUGAAUUUUAGGGCGACUAAUAAUGCCAUAAAUAAAUUAUAAAUUAUCAAAGGGAAAAUGUAUUGAGCUUAGAAUAAUUCCAUCCGUCGCUGUUUCCGUCUUUAUUGUCGUGUGCCGAUAUUUUGGUUUUUGUGUUCAGAUUAUAUCGCGAGUUAGCCUUUUCUUUUAUUUGUAGCACUAUUGUUUAGUUUACAAAUUAUGACUGGGAUAGGAGAGAGAGGGGAGGGUGUAAUUAACUAAUUAAUUAAUGUAUAUUAAGGACAUGAACAUUGUUAUAACCCACGAAAAUGCCAAAGGUAGCCGGAAGCUUAAACAACGUUGGACAACCGACAGGCAAUGUGCAGACAAUUAAUCGGACAAUUAACUCUAACUUCAACCACAAAUUAAGUAGUGUAACAAAACAAAUUAAGCAGUGUAAUCUUAUCUUGCGGAUACUUUAGACCCUACCAUGUUUUGUAUCAUAAUUAAAUUCUCUUUGCUUCUUCAUCUUCUAACUUUAAUUAAGUAAUUAAAGAUAAAAUAGUCAGAAACGAGUUCGGAGAUCUUCUCUUAACACAAUAUGUGUUUCUGCUCGACCACAAGAUGCAGGUGGCUACAUCUAGCGUCUGUUUUAUAUUUUUUUCCCGUUGGUAUCAGGGCAUCUAAGAGAAUGUUCCGAGAGGCCUUUUGGCAUAGAGCCUUGAUUGUUACGAGGCCUCCACUUAGGUCCGUGAGUUAAUACGAACCUAUAUUAUAUGUUCUAUGUUGUUCAUUGUUACCUGAUUAUGGGUAUGAUUUGGAAGGAGCGACGUCCAGUACUUUUUGACGAAGCAGAACAUCCUAAUAGAGAGUUUAGACGAGAAUUUGUUCAAAUAUCCAUCACCUAUUCAUCUCCAUUUAGACAACGACAAGAAUACUAUAGAUCUUCGUUACCUACACACAAUUGUAGUUGCUAGUUUAUAGUAUUUUGUAAUCACCCAAAAAGAAAAAUUUGCGGGGUUUCAAAAAUUUAAACGAGUUUUCAAUCUUAAACCGGUUCGAUUAGGGUCCUGGUUCGAUUUGAAAUUACAAUAAGCAAUUAAGAUAUUUCCAUUUCCUAAUUUAAGGAAAAGAAGGAAAUUGAGGUGUAUAAUAAUAAUAAUAAUUAUGUGGGACACAAAUGGAGGAGUUUCACAUCAUCUAAACAAAGCAAAGGAAUCGGAUUGGUUGGUGAAGAAUUGGGACAUGUAUACCGACACCCAACCAAUUCCAUCUAUUUUGUUGUCAGCAAGAGAGCGACUUUACACAAAAAAAAGUUUUAAGUAAUUAACCAAAACAAAACGG